AUCCAAAUUCCCCAGGCAGCAGACGACAAUGACAGACUUCAUCGCCAAGGAACAGGCCGCGUACCCAGACAUCGCACAGCGCUACCAGAAGCUCAAGGACUUGCACGUCCGCAAACUUUACCAUGAGCUGACGGGCGAGCUCGAAGCUUUUGUGCGCGAUCCGAUGUGCCACAAACACCCACAAAACCUUGCCAAACUCUACCAGGAGUUCAUCCGCCCCUUUCAGGACAAACUCAACCAGAUCCGCCUGGUGGUCAUCUGCACCGAGAUCAGCACGCAGUUCGCCGACCCUGCCAAGGCUCAGGAGUUCAUGGAGCAGCUUCUAGGCCAGCUAAGCACCAAGACAGCGCACGAGGCCGUUCUGCUAUGCAAGAUGCAGAUCGCACAGCUCAAAUUCCGUCGCGGCGCCGACUUUUUGGCCCAAGUGAAGGCCACAGUGGACGACGACAAGCAGGUGGUCGAGGGUCUUGUGGGUGCUGAGCCAGUAGUUCACGCCGCGUACUACCGCGUGGCUUGCGACUACUACAGCGCACUGGGACCAGCCGACAAGUUCUACAAGAACGCGCUCAUGUUCCUGGCCUACACGCAGUACGACGAGAUGCGUCCCAACGAGCGCUUCGAUCUGGCCGUCAACAUCAGCAUUGCUGCACUCACUGGCGACGGCGUCUUUAACUUCGGCGAAGUGUUGGCGACCCCGAUCCUGCGCGCACUGGAAAACACGGACAAGCAGUGGCUCUCGGACCUAUUGCACGCGUUCAACAAGGGCGACAUCGACCGAUUCAAUGAGAUUGUGGGGCAGAACAGCAAGGAAUUCAACGCCCAGCCAGCGCUGGUGAGCAAGCAGGAGUACGUCAAGGAGAAGGUGGCUCUGCUGGCCCUGAUGGUGCUGGUGUUCCAGCGUCCAUCGCAUGAGCGCAACAUCCCGUUCCACGAGAUCGCAGAGGCUACGCGUCUGCCGUUGGAACAAGUCGAGUGGCUCGUGAUGCGUGCACUGUCCUGCAAGCUCAUCAAGGGAUCCCUCGACCAGGUGGACGGCAUCGUACGGGUCACAUGGGUGCAGCCUCGUGUGCUGGACAACUCGCAACUGCAGGAGCUCGUGACUCGUCUGGAUGGCUGGGAGAAGAAGGUAAACUCGACGUUGCUGUAUGUGGAGGAGCAGACCCCCGAGCUGUUCCAGUAG